AUGCUCAUGAAGGAGUAUGAAUAUUCUAUGAACGUUCUCUCAUUUCAGAUCCAGACCGCUGAUAUCAUCCCAUUCUUUCCCUACGUGGCACCAGUCUCCUCUAUUGUUCCAGAUUGUUGCCGAUCGUUUGUUGAAGAUUCUGUUAACUUUUUGUCUUAUGGUGGUCAACUUGACUUCUAUGCUUUUGUCAAGAAGUACCAUGAUAAGCUUAUGGUGAGGGUGCCACUAAUGGCCUUAUUGGUGGGUGGCGUUAACACCAGCACUCAAUAUUGGCUGCAAGGCAUUUUAUCAGAGAAUGUCAUGGAUUAUUUGAGAUUCGGGAAACAAAUUACCAAAUAUUUUGUUGGUCAGAUUAUCAUUGAUGUCACGAGGCGCAACCAAGACCUCUCAAACAGUGUUUGUAAGCAAUACCUUAACGAAGUGGUGGGGAGGCGUUUGGUUGACAGAGUUGCAUAUGGAAAAUCUUGUGAAUUUGUUGUUGCCUUUCGUGUGUUUGAUGAAAUGUCAUAUUACGAUAUAACUAUUUGGAAUGAAUUGCAGGAUGCUAAUGUCGAUUCUAACCAGCUCACACUUGUUGUUGCAUCAUCAGCAUGUUCACAGUUGGGUGCAAGUGAAAUGGACAUGUACUCAAAGUGUGGAGAUCUGGAGAAUGCACUCUCUGUGUUCAGGUCUGUCAUAAAUAGAAAUGUCUUUGUUUGGAGCUCAAAGAUUGCAGACCUUGCAAUGCAUGGAAGGGGAAAGGAAGUCUUAGAUCCAUUCCAAGAGAUACAGGAGGCCAAAGUCAAGCCCAAUCAUGUUACUUUCACCAACAUCCUUAGUGCCUGUAGCAAUGCCGAGCUUGUGGAAGAAGGCAGAAUGUCUUAUAUUCAAAUGCUUCCUUUAUAUGGAAUUGUACCAGAUAUUAAGCACUAUGGUUGCAAGGUUGACAUUCUUGAUCGUGCAGGAAGUUUAGAAGAAGCAAUGGAUCCGAGAUGCAAAGUCUUCGACCCAGGAGGAUCAAUCAUAAUUUGUACAUCUAUCUUUCUCUCGAUGACGUGCCUCGACGGAGUCGAGUCCUUUUUGUCGCAAGGGGAGUAUGAUGUGGACAUCAUUAGUUAA